GCCGCUGCCGGCGCUGGGCUUGGGGCGCGGAGGGGCGCGCAGCCGGUGAGCAGCGCUGGGCUCGGGGCGCGGAGGCGGCUGGCAGCGAGGGUCAGCCCUACGGCAGGUGAUUGAAGCCACAAGGAGCUUAGUACUCCUGGAUGGUUGAAACUUUGAGGAGCAGCAUCAGUGAAGCAGUGCAGCAGAAGCCAUGUCUCUGCCCUUUCGAAAAGAGCUGGAGAAAUACAAGAAUAUCAAUGAAGAUGAAAUACUCAGCAAACUCUCAGAGGAUGAACUGAAACAGCUAGAGCAUGUUCUUGAUGACCUUGAUCCUGAGAACGCCUUGCUGCCGGCAGGAUUUCGGCAAAAGGACCAGACCACUAAACCAGCCACGGGGCCUUUUGACAGAGAACGCCUGCUCUCCUACUUGGAGAAGCAAGCACUUGAGCACAAGGACAGAGAAGACUUUGUACCAUUUACAGGAGAAAAGAAAGGAAAAAUAUUCAUCCCCAAAGAGAAGCCAAUAGAAACGCGUACAGAAGAGAAAGUGACCCUGGAUCCAGAACUAGAAGAAGCCCUGGCCAGUGCUUCAGAUACUGAGCUGUAUGACCUUGCAGCUGUUCUUGGAGUGCACAACAUGGUCAACAACCCAAAAUUUGAUGAAGGAGGAGCACGCAGUAAAGAUGGGAAAGGAACUGUGAGAAAUGUGGUGAAAGGUGAAAAGGUCAAGCCCAUCUUUGAGGAGCCACCUAACCCAACCAAUGUGGAAGCAAGUUUACAAAGGAUAAAGGCAAAUGAUCCUAGUCUUGUGGAAAUUAAUCUCAACAACAUAAAGAAUAUUCCCAUUCCAACACUGAAGGAAUUUGCAAAAGCUUUGGAAAGCAACACACAUGUGAAGACAUUCAGCCUCGCAGCUACUCGAAGCAACGACCCUGUGGCUAUUGCAUUUGCAGACAUGUUGAAAGUGAACAAAACACUGAAGAGUCUGAAUGUGGAAUCCAACUUCAUCACUGGGACGGGUAUUUUGGCACUCAUCAAUGCACUGAAAGAGAAUGAAUCCCUGACAGAGAUUAAAAUUGACAACCAGAGGCAGCAGCUGGGGACAGCUGUAGAAAUGGAGAUUGCUAAAAUGCUGGAGGAGAACUCCAAGAUUCUCAAGUUUGGAUAUCAGUUCACAAAACAAGGUCCAAGAACCAGGGUAGCAGCAGCUAUCACUAAGAACAACGAUCUGGUUCGUAAAAAGCGGGUGGAGGGAGAGCGGCAGUAGCAGAGCCAUUGAGGACGCGAAGCAAGACUGGAGGCAACCAACAACAGUAAUCUCAGAGUGCUCGCUGCUCAGAAGGGAAGGCACCAGAAAACCAUUGCAAUGGGAGUUGAUUGGUUCUGUUCAUGUCUCCUUAUAACCUUGAAAACACAGCCUGUUCAUUUUUAACUUUCACAGUUAAUUUUUAUGAGAAAGAUUCAUAGCUGGUUUUGAUCAGUGAAAAAGAUGUUUUGCAAUAUCUGAAGCCAAGAGGCAGAAUCUUAACCAUGUUACUGAGCAUAACAUAUAGCAACUCUGACCCUUAUUUUAGACACCUUUUGAUUUGUUAAAACCUGAUCUUGUGUAUGGAUAAGGGAUUCUCUGCCGAAAAUAGAGAUUUUAGGGACAAGUUCUGCAAUGCCUUAUGUUUGUGAAUGAUCCUUACUUAUACAUGUGCAGCCCUGCCCAAACUGAAUCCUGCCAUGGGAUGCUCCAGGAGAAGAACUAGUAAUGCCAGCAUACGUUUGCAGGAUCACACCCUUGAGCCUGUCUCCUGCAGUGGGAUCUGGACAGCUGGAACCUCAUUGGAACAGCACCCUUCUGUCUUGGGUCUCCACCCAAGUGCAGGAUCACGCCUAGUCACAUAAACACUGUCAAAGCCUACCUGUUUACAUACACUUAGGUUAGGUGGAUAUUUUUUGCAAUGUUACACUGAUGUUAUCCUUACUUCACAUUGUAAAGUAAUAUUAGUGCUGCCAAUCCUAUAGACUCUGAAUGUUUGGGGUUUUUCCUAGGCCAACAGGUUUUUAUUUGCUACUAGAAUGCACAGUUUACAGCUAUUAAUCUAAACAAGUAUUCUGAGCAAUAUUUGUUUUGCUUUGAGCCAAGUAUUUGACUUUUUUUUUUUAGUUCUGGUAUUUAUGUAUAUUUGAUAGUAUUAUAGAACUGUUCUCAGGACCUUUUAGAUGAAGAUUAAUGAAAUAGUUCACCUAGAAGAGCAGCUGUGCUACUGGGAAAAAACAUCAAAAAGGGUACUCGUGACAGCUGCAUAACUUAAGUUUAUAGCCUCCAGUUCAGGUUUGUCCCUGUAUCACGAGGCACUUUGGUAUUUGCAUCAGUGCUGAGCUGAAUAAGGGCAGAAGUAAGCAUGUGCACAAAUGCUUUUCUAAAUCAGGGCCUUAAAACUCAGCUGCUGCACAUAAUUUGAAGCCAGUGGAAACCACUCAUGAAGCAGCAGCAAAUCCCAAGGCUCAACAGCAUAAAAAAUUUGGUAAGAAUUCAGCCUGAUGUUUCAUUUUGUAUGUUUUAGUCUAAAUCUAUUCUCCAUCACUAUUUUACCACUGCCAACAAUUGUCUCUAACAGCCAGAGGUUCAUUUUGGUUGCUCAGAUACACGCUGUAAGAGCUGAGGGAAACUGGGGUUAGGUGUGCCACACAUACCAGUGCUUUCAGAAUGCUGAAG